GAUCGACUAAUAAAGUGAAAUUUCAACCCACCAGCUGCUUCUUCGAUUGACAGAGGCUCUAACAAAGUGAAAGUGAAAGUGAAAUUGAAAUUGAAAUUGAAACUGACCAGCUGUUUCUUCGAUUGGGUAAUUGGAUUUGGGGGUUUUCUUGGUUUCAAUGGAAGGUAGAGGAAGAAACAGCGAAGCUGGCGGAGGGAGGAGCGGGCCUCGGCGAUGGGGAGGGCGAGCAGCGGCGAGCAGGAUUGUUAUUGGGGAGGUCGGAGAGAGAUUGGGGGUUUUCUUGGUUUCAAUGGAAGGUAGAGGAAGAAACAAAGAAGCUGGCGGAGGGAAGAGCGCAAGGGGAGGAGGAGCAGGCCUCGGCAGCGUGGAGAGCGAGCAGCGGCGAGGAGGGUCGUGAUUGGGGAGGUCGGAGAGAGAUUGGGGGGUUUCAGGGGAGGAGGAGCGGGCCUCGACGGCGGGGAUGGCGAGCAGGGUUGUGAAUGGGGAGGUCGGAGAGAUAUUGGGGGUUUUCAGGGGAGGAGGAGCGGGCCUCGACGACGGGGAGGGCGAGCAGGGUCGUGAUUGGGGAGGUCAGAAUUCUGCUAACGCUAAGACUAGGCAGACCUUCCGUUCUCCGAUUCAAGCUGCCCUUUCUUAUGGUAUAGAGCAGCGUCUGCUGGAGGUUUUAGUUGCAGACUUGCGGCCCAGCCGAUGGAGUAAGGUGCAGGCUAAGUCAGAAGCUUGUCGUCAGGUUGAGGUUCCAUGA